AGUUUCACCCUCUGUGCAGGACGCCCGGCCACGCGAAGUACCGCGAACCGAAUCAAACUGAUCGGUGUUCUUUUUUAAAUUCCAUUUUCAAGUGCUGUGAGUGACUUUGUUUUUAAAUUGGAUUGACCGAACUAUUUGAUCAGCCAAAUGAGGAGCAGCAUGUUAUAAUAGUUGGGGAGGUUCAGUGACUAGUGCGCUCUCUUUUUUACCUUAACUAGUGUCGAUUGUGCGAGCAGGAUGGGAUGCAACACCAGCUCCGAAGCCAAAACCGAGGCCAAAUCUACCAAAGAAGAAAAUCAUACUCAAGAUAACCAUACGAAAAAUGCCACAGAAGAGAAACAGAAAGGCGAAUCAGAAGUCCAGCCGUCAGAAGAACAGGCGGCGACGAAGAUCCAGGCAGCGUUCCGAGGACACAAGACGAGGAAAACCAUGAGCAUGAAGGCCAGCAAGCAGCCACAGGCGCAGCAAUCCGAGCCGGAGCCGAGCAAAGCCGAGCUGGAAGCCGAGUUCCGAGCUGAUGACAAAGAGCUAUGCAGCGCGGCCACCAAGAUCCAGGCCUCCUUCCGGGGCCACCAGGCCCGCAAGCAGACUGCCGAAGAGAAGGCCAAAGAGCUGCAGGAUCUACAGGAUAAGGAAGACAUAGAAAAGAUCGACCUGGCCGAUCCAGACCUGAACAAGGCAGCCACCAAGAUACAAGCCUCCUUCCGUGGCCACAAGGUCCGCAAGGACGUCCCCAACUAAGGUGACCACGCGUCAGGAUCUGGACUCGUAUGUUACACGUUUCACAAUACCAAAGUUUUGUUUUAUUUCUGAGAAUAAUAUUAUGUAGGAUCACGUUUUACGAAUACCAAUGUCUUAUUCG